AUGUCAUACCUUGUAAGAAGACAAUUUUGUUCAAGCUCCCGGGUGUUUGACAAGCUGAUAAAGAAACCAUGGAGCGAAUCGUUGGAAAGGGUAUUAACCCUUGAGUCCGUUCCGGAAAGCUUUAGAAACAACAAAGCAUUGUAUUCUUUGGAACCGUAUGAGCUUUCUGCUACUUUCAAAAAUAUUUUAAAGCAGGGUGACUUGACACCAAAUCAGAGAAUUCAAGUACAUAAUAAGUUAAUCGAAGAACUGACAAAAUUUGAUUUCGCUGUUGCCGCUAUACACCUAAAAGAAUUGGAGCAGAUAUCAGGACCUUUGUCUGUACCAGCUUUUAUUCAAGUACUUGAAAAUAACCCAGGAAGAGUUAAAAGUUCAUGGGAGUAUUUUGAAGAGAACUUUAGUACCGUAAAGCUUUCAGAUGAUGCUUUGAUAACAGUUUUAAAUCGCUUGGUCAACUUUGAUCCAAUCGACAUUAGAGAUGGCAAAAAAGUAAUGACAGUCACAGAUGUUGCACGCAGUAUCCAUAUAAUCAAUCUCAUUAGAGAUAAACCCAAGAUCAGUCAUGAAGUUUGGAACAAAUUAAUUGAAAACAUUAUUCUCUCAAAUACUUCUGUCGUAUUACCUAAGGUAUUUGAAAUCAUCCCAUUGCAACUCGAUAUUCCGGAAACAUCGGAAGAACUGACGCACCUACAAUUAUACGUUUUACUCCAUUUGAAAAACCUGAGAGAUUUGUUUGAAACAGAGCAGAAUACGUUUAUUAGACUUUUUUCUCUUGUCGGAACACAUGAUACCGUUCCCAUUACUGAAAAAGAAGCACAGGCUUAUGAAUCGUUUGUCAAAGAUUUCAAUGCUAUUGGAGAAAAUUUGGGACUCGAGAGCAGUGAUUUAGUGGCCUCAAAAAUUGGUACGGGAUCGACGUUUGAAGAAAUGCUUUCUUUUAUCAAACAGGCCGAGAUUGAUAAAAAGCAACUAUCCUUUGCCAAAAUGUUAUUAAGAUAUUUAGGUAUGCACAAAGGUGAUACCAAAAGAGCUUUAGAGUUUUACCAUGAGUAUUUAAUGGCCCAUCCAUCACAUGCUGAUGAAUUAAUGUAUGAGUUAUUUUUGUCGUUCGCAUAUCAAAGCUUUGCCCAUUCUAACGAUAAAUUCUUACAAGUUGCCGAGUCUUUGAUACCUCCAGACUCAUGCGAUGAGCAUAAACUCAAUGUUCUACGCUGUUUGAUAUUAGUAAACUCGAAAUUCAAUGUAGACCGUAGUUUGGAUAUCUUUAACAAAAACAUUCAAAGCAUAAGCAAGGAAAAGAGUCCAAUAACGAACACUUCCGAUGCAGCCUUGCUUUGCGAAGAUCUUGUUCUGGCAUUUUUGCGUAAUAAAGACCGUGACUUCGCCCAUGUUAUAUUUGAAGGUGCUGCUAGGGAAAAGAUUAUAGAUGGCCCAACCGCAGUGAAGCGAGUUAAAAACAUUUUGACACUUUAUGGAGAGAGUAUCGAGGAAAAAAAUUGUACAGAAAUAAUGGACAAAGAGAUUGAGAGAGUGUUAAAGUCACUCUGA